AUGUCCUUCUUUCAGCUGUGUCUGCAAUUGGUGGACACUGGUGGCCGUUUGGUGGAAAAUGAAAAGGGAACUCAACCGACAAUCCUGCGUUCCCAAGCUGUCUCCACGUUGACAGCCUUCGUUCCCUUGCAUUACGACUGUCUUGUACCAAGCAUGAAGGACAUCAAGAAGAUGAUAGAGUCUGGAUUUUGGCUGGAUAGAGAAGAAAAUCGGUCGUUCCGAAUACCCCUACUUCGAUUUUGUGAUGCUUUGCUGACGCAUGCCUUUGAAUGCUUGGAGGAAAAGGAGAAGGAAGAGGCUGAACCGGAUUAUGAUUGGUGGCUGAGAAUCAGUGGUACCCUCGUUAGCAUUGCCGGCGCCAUGUACUACGCCUCACUGAUAUGA